AUGCCCGGCUUGUGCUCGUUAACUGUGCGGGCGGGGAGAACGCCAUACUUGCGAGCUUCAUUACAGCAGAUCAAGCACUUCUCCAGCUCGCUACGGACAUGCGACUAUGCGGAUACACUUCCAAACCUCAAAAUUGGGGCACACACCAGAGUUUUGUUCCAAGGAUUCACCGGCCGACAGGCCACGGCAAAUGUGAAGGAAUCUCUGGAAUGGGGAACAAAGAUUGUCGGAGGCGUUAAACCUGGUGUAGAAGGGGAACACCUUGGGUUGCCUGUCUUCCCAUCUGUUAAAGCCGCUCAAGAGCGAGCGAAACCAGAUGCCUCGGCAAUCUAUGUGCCAGGAAAUCAGACAGCAAAGGCAAUUGAGGAAGCCAUCGAAGCUGAGAUACCUCUUGUCGUUGCAGUGGCGGAGCACGUCCCGCUUCAUGACAUUCUCAGACUCCACUCUAUACUCAAAACGCAGUCCAAAACUAGACUCGUCGGCGCCAACUGUCCAGGGAUAAUAUCAGCAAUUGGGAAAUGUCGCAUUGGAUUCCAGCCACUGCCGUGCUUCGCUCCAGGGAAGGUAGGAAUCGUUGCGAAGUCCGGUACUUUAAGCUAUGAGACUGUUGCUUCAACUACACGUGCGGGACUAGGCCAGAGUCUCUGCAUCAGUAUGGGCGGCGAUCCACUCGCGGGAACGAACUUUGUCGACGCCCUGAAGAUCUUUGAAAACGAUCCGGAUACAGAAGGUAUAAUCCUGGUUGGUGAAAUUGGCGGGACAGCCGAAAUGGAUGCGGCCGAGUGGAUUACGGAGUAUCAUCGCAGGACUACCAACCCGAAACCGAUUAUGGCUUUAGUCGGCGGUCGACAAGCUCCUCCCGGACGGAUCAUGGGCCAUGCAGGCGCCUGGACAGCACCCGGUGAGCCAGGGCCGGAGGAGAAAUAUCAAGCUCUUGAGCGCGCGGGCGCGGUCAUGGUUAACCACCCAGAGAAGUUUGGUGAGGGAAUGAAGGCCCUUCUCUCCAACCGGUUUGGCACUACAAGCCAUGGCUCCGUAUUCGGAAACCAGAGAAGAGGCAUGCACACAAUGAGACGAGCCAUGCUAGGGCGCCAACAAUCCCUUCCAAGAACCCAGUCCCGAACUCUAUAUAUCAAGCAAUUCCAAGCCCUCGACAUGCUCAAACAAAUUGGAAUAUCCGUUAAUGAGACCACACCAUCAGCGUCGGACUUUCACCUCUCCCUCACUAUUGACAGAACCGCACUCUCUCCCGCGCUCAUCGCCUCCACGUCCGCUGGCUUUGAGUCCAGCAGCUCUGUCCGUAUUCCCUUCGCAUAUACUAAAGGAAGCUUUAGUGCUUCGGACUUAGUCGUCGCAGCGGUUGCGACUCAACUUGGUCUUUCAACGUCAGCACAUGAGAAAAUCGCAGAGCUUGUCCAGGCCCUGUGGCAGAUUUUCAAACAGAAAGAGGCGUUUGUGUUGGAAGUUCGAGUGGGUGAUAGUGCCCCUGGGAAUGCUUUGGAGGUGCGGGGCGCGAGGUUUGGUUUUGAUGAUGCUGCCUUCCGGAGCUCAUCACGGCAAAAGGAUGUCCAUGUUCUUCGAAGUGUCGAGGAAGAAGUUCCCGAGGAGGUGGAAGCAGAGAAGGACGGUAUCGUCUACGUCAAACUCAAUGGCGAAGGAAGCAUCGGUACUUUAGUCAACGGCGCUGGCCUAGCGAUGAAUACUGUCGACGCCCUUACGCACCACGGCGGCUCAUGCGCCAAUUUCCUCGACACUGGCGGCAAGGCGACUUCUGAGACAGUCAAGUCCUCCUUCCGGUUCAUAGCCUCGGACCCUCGAGUCAAGGCCAUCUUUGUGAAUAUCUUCGGCGGCUUGACGAGGUGUGACAUGAUUGCUGAGGGCAUUAUUCUUGCGUUCAGAGAUCUGAAGAUGAGCGUGCCGGUGGUGGUGAGGCUGAGGGGGACGAACGAGGAGAGUGGACAGAAGAUGAUUGCGGAGAGUGGGCUUCCGCUGCAUGCAUUUGAUAGUUUCGAGGACGCGGCAAAGAAGGUCAUUAGUCUUGCAAGGGGACAGUAG